ACAACGAACAAUGUAACCGUGUCCAUUUGGACUCUGGUAUAUGGGCCAGACGAACCGGAACAAAACAAUGAAGAGGAGGAUCUGGAUUGCAGAGAGCCAAAUUGUGGCCCUGAUCUUCAUGAUUUCAGAGAUGACGAAGCAAGAGUAUAUCAUGCUAAUGACAUCGAGAUCAUUUCAUACAGGGAACCGGAAGCGGUUAUCUUGGAUAAUGAUCCUUAUGAAAGAGUAUACAACGAUCUGCCUGCUGGACAUCUUGUGUUGAGGAAAAUGCCUAUAUGCGAGUAUUGCGGUGCUAUAAGGUUAUCAAAUGAGGGUCUCAAUUUUUGUUGCAGGCAAGGAAAAGUUAAUAUAGUUAGCACACCAAUUCCUCCUGAUCUGCGUCGCCUAUUUACAACCCAGUCAGAUAGAGAUGCCUUGUAUUUCAGAAAGAAUAUACGAUACUUCAAUUCUCAUUUCUCUUUCACAAGCUUUGGAGCUAAUGUGGACCAUAAAGUCGCUACUGCAGCUGGUACUGAUAUAUAUACUUUCAAAGUGCAUGGACAGAUUUAUCACAGAUUGGACCAACUGAAAUCGGGGAAGAAAGGCUCACGUCAUAUGCAGUUGUACUUCUAUGACACUGAUGAGACCCUAUCACAAAGAAUCAAAAGAUCACCCCAUCUUGAUUCAAAAUUGAUUAGGGUCAUUCUUCUAAUACUUGAGAACAAUCUGUACGUUCGUGUCUUCAGGAGUGUGGGUCAGAUGCAAAAUUUGGACGAGUUGAAGAUUGAAUUGAACACCAGUAUUUCUGUUGAUCAGAGAAGAUAUAAUGCACCUGCUAUGGACCAGCUUGCGGCUAUCUGGCAGGAUGGCUUUGAUGAAAAAAACAAAUUUAAAAUGAGUAUUAUGGUUUUUCUAGAUUCUGGGGACCACAAUUUAUACGGGCAUACCAUGGUUGUUAUGAUCCGUUAGCGUACCCUAUCCUAUAUCCCGGUGGUGAGACUGGCCGGGAGGACAAGAGUAUAUUGUUGGAAGAAACACCUAC